AUACUUGAAGCAUGCAAAACUCCCGCUACCCCUCCGCCGUUAAUCUUUCCUGUCUAGAGUCUCCACUGAACGGCACACCUUUUCGACAUACUUCACAAGCCAUACACUAGAGCAUUGAAUCCGAGACACCAUGUCGAGCAAACUUCUUUCAGUACCCAUCGUUGAUCUAUCCCCUUUCACAUCUGGAGGAGACCUAGAAUCUCGCAAACGAGCAGCUCGCGAAUUAGCUGAAAAGGGCCACAAAAAUGGAAGUGUGGGAAUCUCUGGCCAUGGAGUUCCGUCAGACAUACAUGAAAAGGCCUUUCAAAUCACAGAGAAGCUUUUCGAUCUUCCGUAUGAGGACAAGAUGAAGGCUCCUCAUCCAGACGGUUACGUUCCUCACAGAGGUUACUCAGGGAUUGCUAAAGAGCAAGGAGCCGCGAAGACCGCGCUCGAGACUGACGACGAGGCGCAGAAGGCCGCAAUCAUGAAAGCAUCCGAUUACAAAGAAAGCUACGAAAUUGGCAGCGAGGAGAACAAAGUACAAUACAAUAUCUGGAUGUCUGAAGAUGUGUUGCCCGGUUUCCGCACAUUCAUGACAGAUUUCUACUGGUCUUUGAACAAAGCCGCAAAUGCUAUUCUAGAAGCUAUCAUGAUGAGCUUGGACUUGACGGAAGAGGAAGCUGAGAGUAUGAGCAAAAUCCACACAGGUCAUGAUAAUCAACUGCGCCUUUUGCACUAUCCACCCAUUUCACCUGAAAUGCUGAAAAACGAGGCGAUUGGACGCCUGGGAGCUCAUACAGAUUUCAGUACCUUCACACUCCUCUGGCAAGAUGUGCAAAGUGGCUUGGAAUUCGGCGACCGAGAAACUGGCGACUUCAUGCCUGCGAUCGCAAAAGAAGGAGUGGUGUACAUGAACAUUGGCGACAUGGGGCAACGUAUUUCCAACGGAUUUUAUCCAUCCGCCAUCCAUCGAGUCGUGAUUGCAGGAAAGGAUACCGGAGAGGUGACACCAGCGAGAUACUCGAUACCCUUCUUCGUGGCGCCAUUCCCAGAGGGACUUGUUGAGCCUCAGCCUUCUCUUGUUGCUUCUCAUGGGCAGCGAGUUUAUGAACCUAUCACUUUCGCCGCAUACUGCGAGAAGAUGAUGAAGGCCACUCAACUUAUUCCUGAUGAGUAGCUUCAUUAGCCUAAGGGAUCAUAUAGAGGAACAGUAGAAAAUCCCGCAUUUCAGAUCUAGACAAUGAGACUCCUUUCGUGCGUUUAUGUUUGUGAAACUUUGCAGCGGAAUGGAUGUAUGUUUUCAGGGCCAUAAUCAGACCGUCUUCC